GUGGUGUGAUGAAAAUAAUGGAGAUGGUUAGAUUCUUCUUGCUUUCAGUGCAUUGUGCUUUUGCUCUCACACUUUUGGUUAUUGCCCAGGAUCAAUCAGGUUUUAUUAGCAUUGAUUGUGGAUUACCAAAUGGUUCCACCUAUAAAGAUGAGAAAACUGGCAUCAAUUAUAUCUCAGAUGCAGACUUUAUUGAGACUGGAAAAAUCAAGGAGAUAUCAUCUAAAUUCAAGACUGAUACGCUCGAGAAAAGGUACUUGAAGGUUCGAAGCUUUCCUGAUGGGAUGAAAAACUGUUACACACUUAAACCCAAGCAAGCAAACGGCAAUAACUAUCUGAUUCGAGCGGGCUUCAUGUAUGGAGAUUAUGAUGGAAAAGCAUCAGUGCCAGAAUUUGAGUUAUUUCUCGGUAUCAACUUCUGGGAAUCAGUGAAACCGGAUGAUGCAUCUACUCCAAUCAUUACAGAGAUGAUACAUGUUCCCUCCUCAGAUCAAAUAGAUGUCUGUUUGGUGAACACAGAAUUUGGAACACCCUUCAUCUCAUUUUUAGAGCUAAGGCUUUUGAGCAAUGAUAUUUACAGGAUAGAAUCUGGUUCACUCAAACUCUAUACCAGGGUGAAUUGUGAUUUGACUGCUACUAAAGCAGUGAGGUUCCCAGAUGAUGUUUAUGAUCGAGUUUGGCUACCUUCUAAUGUCUCAGGGGCAUAUGUAGGAACAGUCAUUUCCCCUUCUGAUGAAUCAUCUCGAUCCUACUCUCUUGAUGGUUUGGUGUCAUUGAGUACGUCCCAGAAAGUCAACUCUCUAGAUAACAGUAUGUAUAAACCACCAUCAACUGUCAUGCAGACUGCCAUCACAAAUGUAAACAACAAGUCUUUCCUGGUGGCGAAUUGGGUUCGUGACGAUCCCUCUUCUAAAUUUUAUGCAUAUUUUCACUUUGCUGAGAUUGAAGAGCUGCAAGGAAACCAGUCAAGAGAAUUCAACAUAUAUGUAAAUGGAAUAUUAACAUAUGGAUCAGUUAUCCUCACACAUCUUGAAACAAAAACAUUUAACUUCUCAGCCAUGAAAGGAAGAUGGUUUGAUGUUUUUAUGAAUGAGUCAGGAUCUUCAACACUUCCGCCAUUGAUUAAUGCCUUUGAGGUAUACCUGGCAGAUGAACUGUUGCAAUCACCCACAAAUGCAGAAGAUGUGAAGGCUCUCAUGACCAUAAAGUCAACAUAUAAAUUGAAGAGAAUUUGGCACGGAGAUCCAUGUUUGCCGGAUUACUCUUGGUGGCAAGGUGUUAAUUGCAGCUACCAUGAAAACGACCCCCCUAGGAUCAUUUACUUGGAUCUAUCCUCUAGUGGAUUGAUCGGGUCAAUUGCUUCUUCCUUAGCAAAUCUCAGAAUGUUACAAUAUUUAGACUUAUCAAACAAUAGUUUGACUGGGACAGUGCCUGAAUUCCUAGACCAAUUGCCAUACUUGAGGUUCUUAAAUUUGGAAAGAAACGAGUUGUCUGGUAAAGUUCCAUCUCAUCUCAUUGAAAGAAUGAAUGAUAAGAACCUCACACUAAGGUUGAAGGGAAAUCCAGAUAUUUGUAAAUCCGAAUCAUGUAAAAAGAAGAAUAAGGUUGUCGUUCUGGUGGUAGUAUCAAUUAGUGCCGUUGUUUUCAUCCUGUUGGUCUUACUUGUUUGUUGGAGAAUCCUUAAAAGGAGAAAUCAAGUUAUGAGUAGGAUCAAGAAAGUGAGUAGCUUAAACAGCAAAACAGACGGAGAAUUAGAGUCGAGGGGACGAGAAUUUACAUAUGCUAAAGUGGUUAACAUUACCCGCAACUUUGAGAAAGUUAUUGGCAAGGGAGUAUUUGGAAUCGUUUAUCAUGGUCAAUGUAAUGAUUUUCAAGUAGCUGUGAAGAUGCUUACUCCAUCAUCAAUUCAAGGCGGGUAUAAGUACUUCCGAGAUGAGGCCAGACAACUUUUGAGGAUCCGUCAUGUAAACUUGGUGCCUCUUUUUGCCUAUUGCAACCAUGAGCUCAAUUUUGGACUCAUCUAUGAAUACAUACCUAAUGGAAGCUUGGAAAUGCAUUUGUCAGAUAACACUGCACAUUGUCUAAGUUGGGAAGACAGACUUCGAAUAGCAGCCGAUGUAGCACAAGGAGUGGAGUAUCUGCAUAAUUCUUGUCAGCCUCCAAUUAUCCAUGGCUAUGUGAAGUCCUCAAAUAUCUUAUUGGAUUAUAAUUUCCUAGCCAAGCUAUCAGAUUUUGGAUUAACCAGAAUUUUACCCAUUGAAAAUGGCAUUCAUGAAGGCUAUCUAGAUCCUGAAUUCAGUAAUACAUUCAGGUUGACUGAAAGAAGUGAUGUGUUCAGCUUUGGUGUCGUAUUGCUAGAGAUAAUCACAAGCAUGCCAGCGAUCACUCGUAAUUGUGGUGAGAAAAUUCACUUGACUCAAUGGGUUAGUUUGAAGCUUGAGAAAAAUGAAAUGGAUGAGAUUGUUAAUCCCAGAUUAAGGGAAGAAUAUGACAAAACUUGCAUGAAAAAAGCUUUAGAAUUGGCAAUGUCUUGCGUGUCUCCAAUUUCUACCAAAAGACCAAACAUGGCUCGUGUGGUGAAAGAGCUAAAACAGUGCUUGCAAAUAGAGAUUGCUCGCAACAAUUACAGCCGUCAAAGCACAACACAACUCGAAAUGACUCCAAGGUAAUCAGCUUUUGGAGUUUCUUAAUUGUGGCAGCUGUUAGUUAUAGCUAUGGACAUUCCUGUUUUUCUAGUUGGCUACCUCAAGUUUCCUGUACAGAGCUUAGAAGUAAAUUUUAAUGAAAAGAUCAAAUUCA